AUGUCGAGGUGUUUUAGUCGCUUCGUAGUUGUGUUGUUGGCGGUUGGGGUUGUGGCGGCGAGAAGAAGAAGAAGUACCGAUUCACCAAGUUUUGGAGGUUCGACUGAUUCCCCAUACUAUAAUAGUGGAUCUUCUGCCUACCCAAGUUAUGGUGGCUCUUCCAACUACCCGAGCUACGGAGGUUCCUCUGAAUACCCAAGCUGGAAUAGUGGAUCCUCUGCUUACCCUAGCUAUGGAGGUUCUACUGAUUUCCCAUACUGGAAUAGCGGAUCUUCAAACUACCCGAGCUACGGAGGUUCUACAGAUUUUCCAUACUGGAAUAGUGGAUCUUCUGCCUACCCAAGCUAUGGAGGUUCUACUGAUUUCCCAUACUGGAAUAGCUGGUCCUCUGUUUACCCAAGUUAUGGAAGCGGCUCAGUUGGCCCAGCAAUCGAAGGUUUCACACCAGAGAACAACGGAUUAGGACCAGCUAUCGAUGGUCAUACUCCACAAUACGGAUCCGGAUGGGCAAGUUAUGGUGAGUGACUAGGAGAUUUUGGUAUCGGUUGCGAUAAGAAAAAUAGUUACAGAAAGCGUGGGACCAGCCAUCGGAGGAUACACUCCAGAAAACAAUGGACAAGGACCAGCUAUUGGAGGAUACACUCCACAAUACGGCUCAGGAAUGCCAAGUUACGGUAAGUAUUUUGACUUUAAUAUUUUCUAACAAUAAGGAUAUUCACAGAAGGACCAGCUAUCGGAGGUUACUUCCCAUGGGAUGGUGUUUAUGGUCCAGCCAUCGGAGGAUAUACUCCAGAAAACAAUGGACUUGGCCCAGCAAUCGAGGGAUUCACUCCAGAAAAUAACGGUUUGGGACCAGCCAUUGGAGGAUACACACCACAAUACGGAUCCGGAUUGGCAAGUUACGGUAAGUCAUAGAUAGAAAAACGUUAAGCUAUUUUAAACAAAUUAAUUACAGAAAGCGUCGGACCAGCCAUUGGAGGAUAUACCCCAGAGAAUAAUGGACUCGGUCCAGCCAUCGGAGGAUACACACCACAAUACAGUUCCGGAUUGGCAAGUUACGGUAAGCCAUAGAGAGAAACACCUUAAGCUAUUUAAAAAAAAAUUAAUUACAGAAAGCGUUGGACCAGCCAUUGGAGGAUAUACCCCUGAGAACAAUGGACUCGGCCCAGCCAUCGGAGGCUUCACCCCAGAAUCCAACACCGUUGGUCCAGCCGUCGGAGGCUUCACACCAAGAAGAAACAACCGCGGUUAG